UGACAAUGACAUUGGCAAAAUCUAGGUCUAUUUUGACCACUAGCCUUAUUUUCUCGUGAUAUUAUUAACUAAAUAUCGUUACUAACGUUAAAUAAAGAAGAUAAAUAAUGGCGGUCCCGGCGACAAGACGAACAAUUGGGCAACUAUUACAACAAGCAUGGACUGAGAUUCCUGAGAUUGUAGCUACUACUGGCAUGGGUCUUAUUGGUAUCGCAUUGGGCGGUAUUGCUGUUCGUAAUUACUACCAAAAUGAUGGAGAUAAUCGAAGAUAUAAGAAAGUCUACGUUAUUAUGAGACCCGACGACCCCAGAGUUGCUAAAAUCCGUAAGGGCUAAGAAAUAAACACGGUAGUUAAGUUCUGUGAAUAUCUAGUUGCAAUUAUGUAAUAAUAAAUCAGUGUUGUCAUUAA